UAUAACGAAUAUUUCCCUGACGUACAACACGGGGGUCGUCCGACGAGGAAACAUUUGAUGUCACGCGUAGGAGUCGUAAAACAUUCGAAGAAGUGAAGAAGGGUCCAAACGUGGAAUGGCGUUCUGAACGAUGUCAUACGUACGCUGGAAUAACGUUCAUUGACGUUCGAACUCCAGCAUCCAUAGCGUGUACAACACAACAACAAUAACCAAACGCCGAUGGACCAUGAAACGAGGAACUUACGUUAAUAGGCAAAUGAGCUUUCGAGAAAGGAAAAGAAGCCUCGUUUCGAUGGUAGGAAAGGCGAUCUGUCAUUCAAGGGCGAUUCUUUCAGGCUACAAACCCGGUGGAUCGUGUGUGCAGGGCCAACCCUCUUUAGAAUUCCCCGUCCGUGGAGUAAGGAGCUCGUAAAAGACAAAGGGGGUUGGUGUUAGAGAGGGGUGGAUGAGCCAAAGCGUGUAAGAGAAGUACGAGGAAAGAGAAAGAGAGAGAAGAAGAACGGAAGAAGAAAGCAAGAUAGAAGAGAAGAGAAGAGCAAAGCAGAGAAGAGAAGAGACCUAGCUAGCUACUGUUGGGGUAGAGAGGGGUGAAACUGAAAGAGACAGAGAAAGAAGAUAAGCAAGAUGGGAGAAAGCUCACCGGAUCUUAGCCUCCGGCUUCGACGUGGAAGCUCGGACUCCCGAGACUCCUUUUACAUGGACUUCGCUCAGGGUAUUGAUUCGGACAUAGAAGAAGUAGCCAGGCCAGGUGACAAUUGUGAUUCGUUGUUGGAAAAUCAGUUGGACGAAAAUGGUUGCGACCUACCGUUAAUGGAGGAUAUUACCACCAUACCGGAGGAAGCAUCGGAAGAAUUGAGAGAGGAGGAGGAAGCUGCAGCAGCAUUGGAUGCUGCCUCGCGUAUCACCGACGUUCCUGUAAUUAGUAUGGAUAUUUUGGAUAAAGCUAGCAUAGCAAGUACGACGACUACUAUGACGACGAUGACCACGACUAUGAUGACGAUGACAACGACCGGUAUGAUGAUCACUAUGACGAAUACGACUACCGUCAUGACAACUUCUAGUCCGUCGUCAACGACUACAGGUGUUGGAAAUUUCUUAACUGCAGCUGCCGCAGCAGCAGCCGCUGCAGGCACGGCAACUAGGCAAGACUGGCCAGGAUUGCCAGCAGCUUUACCAUCACCGGCCUCGCCAUCUGCGGUAAUCGUUUCGCCGGAAACACUGUCUAGACACAGUAGUAGUUCACCCUCACGUGCCCAUCAUCGGUCACCUCAGUAUGCAUUGGCUCUACCAUGUUCCUCUCAGCCGAUACCAACGGUUUGUUAUCCGGCACCGACCUUUCUCGAGGUAACAGACGAUCGCAAGUGGAAGAAUCUUGGAUGCGACGCUCUGGCAACGACCCUGAGUGCCCUGUAUGGAAAACUUCUCGUCGUAAUGGGAAUCGCCUUUCCCAUGGCGGAAGUGAUAUCAACCUAUAUACCACCGUCAUUCUACGAGGCUUUCUAUCUUUAUUUAUAUUUCGGUAGCAUGAUUUUUCUCAUGUACAUGUACGGUAUGCUACUCAGGGAUGGCAAACCAAAGUCAAAAAAACAAAAGGAGGUAUGCGAUUUGGAUUCAUCGAGAUCAUCGAGCGGUGCUGGGGGUGACAGCGAUGCACCUGAUGCAGGAUAUCCUCAUAUUCCUAUAAUACGACCGAUUCAACAUUAUGGUAGUUUUUAUCUUCGAAUGGGUGCCGUUGCCUUUGGUAUUGGCUCGAUGAUAUAUUCCGGCCUUGAAUUUGGCCAAUAUUUCGAAUUGGAACGCAACACAAAGUGUCACAACAUCAUGCUAGCUUUAACACCUGCCACUAGAAUGGCUUUCAUCUUCAUACAAAUGUACUUCAUUUUUUUGAACAACGAGGAUUUUAUGUUGCAGCAAAUGAAAGUUCAUCGUCAUCGGAUAGUAGCACGUUUCGGUCUGAUGCACAUGAUCGGUACGAAUCUCUCAGUUUGGUUGAACGUAUUGGUUCAAGAAACGAAGCACGAGAUUUUAACUUUUUACAAUCCGGAGAAUAAUUCUCUAAGGAUUUCUCAUAGACUAGGUAUAAAGGGUGGAUUCCAUCUCGGUGGACAAAGUCAUAUUCAUCAAGGUGAACACGUGAGAAUACCGAGAGGAUUGAAGGGUCCACAUCAUAUGUUCGAAUGUAGAAGAACGAAUAUCAUGGGAUCUUUGGUACAGGAUGCCAGCCCUUUUCUUUUUCCUUGCACGAUAGAAUAUAGCUUGAUAUGUGCAGCCAUACUUUACGUCAUGUGGAAGAACAUAUCUAAAACGAUGUUUGCCAAAACAAUGACUCCACCGGGAUCGCGUCAUCACGCUCAUGCUUACAGAAGAUCGCCGCAUCAUUACAGCGUCGAUUGUGCCCGUGCUCACAAAGGUCUAUUCGUCGGCAUCUUUAUUCUGGUGUUAACUAUAAUAUCCUUAAUACUAUUCUUCGUCCUAAUAUCUCGUCCAGAGUUGGUAAGCUUAGCGGUAACCGAAGUGAACGUUUGCGAGUUGACCCUUUACGGAAUGUCCACAUUAGGAACAUUAAUAGGAAUGUUCCAAAUGCGUAAAUUACGUUACGACGGUGGUAGGAAUUUGGAACUGGACAAUAUACUUUUAGUGGCAGCGCAAACCGGUAUGUUCAUUUAUUCGACGUUUACGAUCAUCGGUGGACACUUUACUUUGGAGAAACACACCGUCCUGGUAUUGGUAACUGCAUUAGCCAGCGUAGUACAAACAACUUGUCAAACAAUUUUUAUAUUGGACGCAUCGAGAAGAUCCGUGGCUACGGCUAAACAAAUAAGAAGAAAACCUGGUAGAGAAAUCGUCACGUUCCUUCUCGUUACGAAUUUAGCUAUGUGGGCUAUCAAUACUCUCGAAAAGUCACGAGCUGAAUCGCAUCCGGUGCAGUUGCAUUUUUACGGUCUUUGGGCAUGGACCAUUAUCACGCACGUUUCCAUGCCAUUGGCAAUAUUUUAUAGGUUUCACAGUACGGUGUGUCUCUGCGAAGUGUGGAAGAGAGCGUAUAAGGUGAAACCAACCUAUAUGUGACGUAAGGGGUCCCGUGAAGUCGUCUGGAAGACCACGGCCCCUCCUCAACGACCCAAAACCUUGCCGGCCAAACUCGACGCCAUAGUUGAAAACGAUCCGGCAUCGUAUUUCAUUUAAUUCAACGAUAAUAUUCCUUCCGAAAUAAUGUUUUCCUGAAAUCCUUCACCCCACCCUCUCCCAUCCUCUAUCUACCCUCUUAGUUUUAAAAUAAUAAGCGAAGUAUCUUUCGUUUUCGUCAUCGUAACGCGUAAAUCGCAUCAUUUUUCACGUUAUCACGAAUCAAAUUAUUAUUUCAAAGUAACGAUCGUUCGAUUCGUCGGAAACGAUAUUAUACUUCGUUCCCUAGAUAGAAUUGUACGUAGAUACGAUAGGAUGAUUUUAUUGAAUGAUUUCGAUCCGGUAUUUUAAAUACUCGUCGGAAUUGUCAAUUAGAUGACCAUGUGGGGUAUGGUAAACGGUGAAAAAAAAAAGAAAAAGAAAACUACUUGUUCAAAUAACGAUUUCGUAUUCAAAUCUCGUUUAAUAAGAACUAACACGAAGGAGAAUAAUAUCGCAAUGUGUUAUCCCCUUUUUUCCGUAAUACCUAUUCAAUUUUAUGAUCCUAUAAAUAAUAAUAAUAAUAAUUAAUUAAUUAAUCAUCAAAUCAUCAUUAUUAUCAUCUUUAUCAUCGGUAAUCAUUUUCUUCGCUCUCACGGACAUCCGUCUUCCAAGUAGUACAAACUACACAACUUAAAUAGUACUUGUCGCGUCCACGUUAGUGAUUUUCGAAAAUUAAAGAAAUGAA